GUCCGUUAUCACAAGCAAGGGGAUUCAGAGACCAGUGUCUUUCCAUACCCAAACGAUCAAAUUCUUGGUGUUUUGCCGGCCCGGGUACAGAAGGUGCCCUGGCACGCUGUGACCACGCCGAGGGGCAUCGCCCGGAUUCCCGGACACAGCCAGUGGCCGUGUUCUGAGCGCCUGUGGAGUUUCACAGUUGGAAUGCAGUUGCCCGCUAUUGAGGGAACCUGGAAAGGAACCCUUGUUUUGGGCGAAAGCCUACGAUUCGAGAGACGCACGUCCUGCUGCUGAUUGCACAUACCGGUGACACCACGGCCGACGACUCACGUCGCCGUCCAAGUAACGCGCGAUGGCGCCGGUAUGUCCGUUAAUGGCAUUGUAGUCUUCUUUCGUCCAUUGUGCAGCAUUACCGAGUCCGGAGCUUGGCAAGUGCUUCAGUCCGCGCUGGUUUCCAGUACAUCAGUCCGAAAAAGCCUUUCCUUCAGGAUCCUCCGACUCUGACUGUGUAGCUUGUUGCUUCGUACUUGUGUGAACGUCACAAAACGCGAACAAGGUUGCCUGAGGUAUCGAUUCAUGUGUUUUCAUUCUUGGACCCGGAGAAGGUUGUGAGAGUCAUUUUCACAGUCCAGCGUUUCCAUCCGGAGAUGACGCCCCAUUGCGGGAGGCGGAAGUGUUUCCCUCUCUCGCCCACGUGACUGUUGGUUUCGGGUGACCCCUGUUCCGACAUUUCCCCUUGUUAAACGCGUUUUUAGCAACUAUCGAACCUCGAUACGACCUCCUCCAUUUGUUUCCAUUUUGUAAAACGGCCCAAGGGAAAACGUUGUGCCUCCAUCCGGGUAAAGGAUUUUCCCAGUCUCUUCUCGAGCAGGUGUGAAACCAGUAGCGGCGCCCCUACGAUGGCGGGUCCGUACCGAUAUUCUGGGCUAGAUCGCUUUUCCCUGCCGUGUCUCUCUCCAGCGUCAGCGCUUCGCGUGGUGGGAAGCAGCGAGACGAAGGCUCAUUUGGUCAAGAUGCGCGGCGCAAGAGACGCUUUGCUGAGCUUGAGCCGAAUUUCCCUUCUGGCCGCACUGGCUGGCCUAGCUUGCUGUCGCGCCAUGGUCGUUCUGUCCUCGGCGUUUGCGACGACCGUCGUGGAAAAACACCCUGGUAGCCUUCAUCCGGAAUCCGGGGAAGCCCCUGCUACAGCCUCUUCACUGGUUCAAAUCGAGGCAGCGCAGCACACCAGUCUGGUCUCCAGUGCCGCUGCCCGUACUGUUUUUCAGCCUCCGUCAGAGGAGUCGUGGCUGUGUCGUCUCUCGACAAACAAUGGGCCCUGUUCGAAAAACUCAUCAGAUCCCGAGAUCGGGCAGUGGCGGUUCUGCCCGCCAGGGCGCUGCUGUAGCAUGUCAAAGUGUGGGCCUGCAGGCUGUUCCAUAGGCUGGUGUGAGGGGUGGGGCAACCCAUUGUGCUGGAUCAAGGACGACACCUACAGCGACGGCAAGUGCACCUGCGAAAAGUACAGAGACCGGUGCUCUCCCAACGCCGACUGCCUCGAAUAUAACGUCGAACGAGGGGGCGCGUACUGCGUCUGCAAAGACGGAUACUACGGAGAUGGGAAAGUAUGUGAGUUUGACCCAUGCAGCGGCAACCCCUGCAAUCCGGGUAGUUGCCGGCGACAUGGAACGUCAUACUCGUGCGCGUGCCCGGACACAUAUGCGGUUACCAGCACAAGCAGUGGAGAGCGCUGUGAAGUCAAGAGGAAUUUCUGUCUCGGCGAACCCUGUGGCUCGUCAGAAGUUGCCGCUGAUUGCGUCAGCUUCGACAGCGGGGAAUACGAAUGCAUCUGCAAGAGUUCCUACGUUUCAGACGGCAAGGGCUGCGUGAAGUUCGAUCCGUGUGAGUACAAUCCCUGUGGCACCUCCGAGGCCGUUAAAUCGUGCACCCACGUGAACGGCGAUGAAUACAAGUGUGAGUGUCAUGAAGGGUACAAUCUAACGAACGACUCGGACGGGAACAUGGUCUGUGCAAAAGACCCGUGUUACGGGAACCCUUGCGGUCUCCCCCACUUGGUUGCCUCCUGCGCUCGACGGACGCCGGAUUCAACCAGUUCCGCGACCUACACGUGCCUGUGUACGGCUGCUGGCCACCUGCAAGUCGAUCCGGUCACCGGGGCCCAAUCGUGUACUCAAGGAGAUCCGUGUGCUUCGAAUCCAUGUGGCUCGGAUGCCGUAGUUGAUUUCUGUAUCAGCGAAGACGAUACCUACAGGUGUGUAUGCAAAACGGGCUACGCAUCCGUGGAGAUUAACGGUAGAAAACAGUGCAAACGCGGAGACCCUUGUGAGCUGAAGGUCUGCGGUGAAGAUCACCUGGUGGAAAGCUGCUCCACAAACAACAAAUUGUAUUCGUGUGAUUGUACGUCCCUUGCUAUCAAGGGGCUCAACGAUGAAAAAAAGCCUGUUUGUAUCAGUCGAGAAGAAUGCGAGAGUGUCUGCGGGCCUCUGAAAGGCGUCAAGCAGUGCAACCAGAAGAUGGGGGUGCUGGAGUGCGUGUGUGACAUGGGCUACAUCCUGUCCACACAGAACGGAAAAAAACAGUGUGUUCAGGGGGAUGCAUGUCUGAAUCAGCCGUGUGGAACACCAGAGUCGACGUUAGCAUGCACAGCGAACGGCAGUCAUUACUCAUGUUCGUGCAAUGAAGGCUAUGAACUUCGAAUGCGGCCAGAUGGCACUCAAGUUUGUGCUAGUGCAGGUGAUUGCACUGGAUCCCCUUGUGGAGCCAGCACGAGCAUCGGCGUUUGCACCCCGGGGGUGGACAGCUACACAUGUACGUGUGUCUCCCCAUUCGAGUUACAGCAGACAGCAGAUGGAAAGCCCACGUGCGGUGAAGCUUUCACGACAACAACAACUCAAGCCGUAAAAGAUGAUAGCGGGAGCGACAACUCAUCUUACACUGGACUGGCAACGGGAGCCGUGAUCAUGGUUCUUGCCCUUGGUGCUGCAUUGUGGUUCUCGAAUUCUCAAGAAGAACAAACUAUGGGGUCCGGUGGGAUGGGAGGAAUGGAUGACCCAAUGCAAGGCCCAAUGGGCCCGAUGGGAAUGGGGGGCCCGAUGGGACCUGGAGGCCCCAUGGGUCCAAUGGGCCCUCCUGGUCCUCGUCAGUCGUAUGCGGCGUACCCGUCAGGCUCAAUGUGGUCAUAAUUUUUGUUUUCUGAAACAGCGCUGCAUUCUUUUCUUUUGGGUGUGAGUUGAUCCUGGACCAAUCGAACAUGUUCGUUUGCAAGAGCGUUCUUUCUCCGGUAGUCACUCAGACGCGCCGUGUCGUGAUAUUCGCGUGACAUGCACAAUAUGUGUUCUUGCAGUGCGUAUUUUCUCCUGAUGGGGAACCGGGCAAUACGGUCUGCAGCAGGCCGAGUGCAGACCUGCUGGCAUACAUAGGACCAUACGGAUCGUGCUCACUGCUCUCUGCUUUGAAUUUCAGUUUGCAGAGGCUUACGAAGCACCUGCAGGGAAACUACCCACGACCGUCUCAGCCUCAACUAUGAUUUUUUCACUCUCUGCCGUUUGCUACGUCUACAUACUGUUCCACGUUGCGCUGCCGUGAAAGGGUUCGGAACGGCGUACCCAUGUUCGUCGCCCGUCCGGAAGACCCUUUCGUCGACCAUAUCAGUUCUGUGUCGUCAAAAGUUGGGGGUCUUUUCUUAAAGGAACUCGGUUCUUUAGGCAACGACACCAGUGGCCAGUGUUAAUAAUCAUACUGUAGCUUCAGAGGCCAAGUUGAUGGCUUACCGAUUGUGUUGCUGCACCUUGUCAGUGGAGGAAUCGAAACGCAGCAACGACCAGGGA